GGUUGGCCACAUGGAAAUCCAGAGUGUUGACCGCUAUCUUACCUGCUGGCUCCUUAUGUGAAAAGGGAACUUACGUCACAGACCUCAUGGCAGUGGUGGCCCUAGCAGUGAACACCAUGCAAAUGAGGACAUGGUCUUUAGGUCUGGCUGAACACAGCCCUGGUGGAGGCCCUGGGCUCAGUCUGGCUGGACACAGCUUCGGGCUCCUGACCUGCAGCUCCUGGAUGGGAUGAGCAGGAAAGGUCAGGCAGCUACUAAAGACAUUGUGGCACCAAAAGGAGACCUAAAAACUAGGUCAUGUCCCCCACAGGACUCUAGGACUGCCCAGCCCCCCUCUGUGAGACCCAAUUUCACAGCUGAGGAAAAUGGGGAUCCAGAGGACCGGCCAGCAGAGCCACGGACCUCAGGGUAUCCCUCUGGGUCUCCAGAAGCCUCCCUACCUCCUAGGACCUGGUGAGAGACUGCCUCACUUCUCCUCAGACCCAGUCCAGAAGCCCGUCCAAGGAAAGGCAGGGCAGUGGGACCCCUCCUGGGACCUGGGGUUGGCCCACACUGAGCGCCAGACCUCCUGCCUCUGGAGAUAGGCCCUGGCUGCUCCAGGGGAUAAGCUGUACUAUUUUCAUCAUUUCCUUCCUCUGGUUUGAGCAGGGGCUACCACUGGCGGCCCUCACAGUAUCACCACCGCACCCUCAGCCAGGACAGCUGGGACUUAGGGGUCGCAACCCAAGGCCUGGCAGCCAGCCCAAUGCUUGUCUGGAGGACCCUGCUCCUGCUCUGGGCCAUGGCCGAGGCCACCAAGGACUGCCCGGCUCUGUGCACCUGCCAGGCCCUGGAGACCAUGGGGCUGUGGGUAGACUGCAGGGGCCGAGGGCUCCUGGCCCUGCCCACCCUGCCGGCCUACACCCGCCACCUGCUGCUGGCCAACAACAGCCUGCACACUGUGCCGCCAGGCGCCUUCGACCACCUGCUCCAGCUGCAGACUCUGGACGUGGCUCAGAAUCCCUGGCACUGUGACUGCAGCCUCACCUACCUACGCCUCUGGCUGGAGGACCACGCACCCGAGUCCCUGCGGCAUGUCCGCUGUGCGAGCCCUGGCCUUGCUGCCCACCGCCCACUGGGCCAGCUGACGGGCUAUGAGCUGGGCAGUUGUGGCUGGCAGCUCCAGGAGUCCUGGGCCUACCUAAGUGUCUGGUGGGACAUGGUGCUGGUAGCCGUGGCCUUACUGGGCCUGGCUCUUCUGGCUGGCCUGCUAUGUACCACCACCCAGCCCCUGGACUGAGCCUAGACCCAGGCCUCCCCCGGCCAAAGACAGGGACCAGUCAGCCUGAGCCACCAGGAACCCCCAGUAAACUGCUGCUUGGUGUCUGAUGUGAGCCAGAGUUCUCUUCCUUCUCAGGAGCGUGUCUGGCUCCUCUGAAACCCUGGCUUCACCCACCAAGACCAGGGGCCAGUUGGGUCUUCUUCGUCUCUCGAGUUCCUAGUAAAUGGGCCAGGCCCACCAGCCAGUCACCCCUGAGCCCAUGAUCUCUAGACAUCCCAGUAUGUCCCCAACUCAUGGCCUGCUUCCCACCUGGGCUGCUCUGCAUGACCCAGGCUGACCUCAGCCCUCUCCAGAGCCCCAGAACACAGCAGGAAGGGCAGAAGGCACCGAUGUGCCCACCGGCACAUUACGACACUGUUCUCAGGGUUCAAACCCUGACUCGACAUAAAAGGAGAAGAGCCAGGUGUGGUUGCACGCACCUGUAGUCCUGCUGCCCAGGUGAAAGGGGAGGGCCAUGCCAGGAGGCAGGCACGGCCUGGGAGAAAGCGGGGUGGACGGGAGCACAGCAGUAGACUGACCACACAGGAAGGUUCUGGUUCGCAUCCGGAGGCCUCCCCGAGUGGGGCUGGCUGAGUUAAGGUGUUCCUGCUGUCCAGACUAUUAGGGGUGCUCUCUGUCUCUCUCACAGAAGAAAUAAAUAAACUUUAAAACAAUCAAAAUAAAACAGAAGAGAGAAGGGCAUGGUGAUGCAAGCCUGUGGCCCCAGCUACUGAGGCAGGAGGGUCACAUGGUAAGAUCUUUAUGAGCGAUGUGCAUUUAUUAUAUUUCUACACUUACAUAAAAGUGUAGAAAAGCGGAAGGGAGACCCAAGACUCCACCCCCUCUCUAGGAGCUGACCCCGUCUUCCAGGGUCAGCACCUCAUAGUGGUCCCCAGUGUGGCAGGGGUGCCUGCUCCGAGCACGUAGCAGGUCUGUGUGGAGCCCUGCACACACAACUACUGAGCGUCGUUCGUGCAGCGCCCACGGGGUAUUGUUUAGAAAUGUCCCCCUGAGGCUGAGGUGGCUGGAUCCCACCAUCUGUACGGUUCAAGUCCCAGACAUGAG